AUGGGCGGUCUUGGAAAGACAACUAUUGCAAAGGCUGUCUAUAAUUGCAUAUUUAAAAGCUUUAAUGGAAGUAGCUUUCUUAUGGAUGUGAGACAAGAAGCUUCACAAGGAAAUAACAGUUUAGUUUCUUUGCAAAAACGACUUCUUAAAGAUAUCUUCAAGACGGACCUGGACAUAAGCAAUUCUUCUCAAGGAUCAAAAUUGUUAGAAAAGAGACUUUGUAGAGAAAAGAUUCUUCUUAUUCUCGAUGAUGUGGACGAUUAUGAACAACUUGAUACAUUAGCUGGUGGAAUCAAUUGGUUUGGUCAAGGAAACAGGGUCAUCAUAACAACUAGAGAUGACCAUUGUUUGAAUGUACAUAAAGUUGGUAAAGAUAUUAAAAUAUAUAAGCCUGAAGAACUAAAUGCUGAGAAUUCUCUUCAACUCUUUAGUUUGCAUGCCUUUUCAAUGAGCAAACCUCUUGAAGAUUUUAAGGAGCUUUCAUGUGAAGUCGUACAACAUGCUGGUGGAUUACCCUUGACCCUAGAGGUGUUGGGUUCUUCUCUAUGUGACAAAAACAAAGAAGAAUGGGAAGAUACAUUAAGAGGAUUGAAAGAUAUCCUUGAUAACAAGGUCUCUGGAAUGUCGAUAAGAAGCUAUGAUGACAAGCGGAAAGGAAAUGAAGCAAUUCCAAUAUGGGAAGCUUGUGAGUUGUAUCCAAGAUUAGCCAUAAAAGAACUCACUCAAAAGCACCUCCUAAAGAUGGAUGUUGAUGGUAGAUUGAGAAUGCAUGAUGAACUUCGAUUUAUGGGAAGGAGGAUUGUCUUGAAAGACAGCAAUAGGCAUCCUGCCAAGCGUACCAGAUUGUGGUCUGCUGAUGAGAUCUCAGAAGUAUUAGAAAAAGGCAAGGGAACUCAAAUGGUUGAAUGUAUCCUCCUUUCAUCUGCAAUGGAUUUAAGCUUUGAUGCCUUUGACAAGAUGCCCAAUUUAAGAUUUCUUAGAGUUGGUAGUGAUGAGGUUGUUGAUGAGGAUAACAAACUCAUCACUGGGGAUUUUUCGCACCUUCCUUAUAAAUUAAGAUGGUUCCGUUGGGUUAAUGCACCUUUGGAAAUUCUACCAGCCAAAUUUUAUCAUGAGGAUCUAGUUCAUCUUGAUUUAUCAAAGAAUAACAUCAAACAAGCAUGGAAUGAUAGACCUGAAAAUAAUAUAAAGCGGUUUCAAAAAUUGAAGGUUCUUAAUCUCCGGGGCUGUCGUCAUCUGUCCAUCUCUCCCGACUUCUUCUCAUGGUUUCCGUGUUUACAAAGAUUGGAUCUGACGUCCUGCGAUAACCUUUUGCUCCCAGAUAGUAUCUGCCAGCUGAACUGCCUGAUGGGGGUAGGGCAGUUAGAGAAGCUUGAGAAACUAGAGCUUUCAAGUUGCCUUGAGCUAGUGAGGCUACCAAUAUCAAUGCGUAGAAUGAGGAGUUUGUCUUACUUUGACAUGACAAAUACUAAGAUUGUAAAAUUACCAGAUGAUUUUUCAGAGCUCUCGAGCUUAGAGCUUGAAUCUCUCCUAGAGCUUUCCUCCACUUUAACUCGUCUGGAACUUAAGAACUGUCGUUCACUGCAGAUAAUUUCAGAUCUUUCACACUUGGAAUGUUUGAAGGAAUUAUCACUUAAUGAUUGCCAUUCAUUGUUACCAGAUUUGUCAAAUCUGAAAAGACUCAGGAUAUUAGACCUUAAGCAUGAUGAAAACCUAGAGGAAAUUCACGGUUUUGAAGGAACAGAAUCCUUGGAAGAGUUGAGUUUUCAGGGUUGCCACAAAUUAAGAAAGUUACCAGAUUUGUCAAACCUGAAGAGUUUGAGCGUGUUAGACGUGAGUGGUUGUAAAAAUCUGGAGGAAAUUCAUGGGCUGGAAGGAACAAAAUCCUUGAAAGAGUUGGAUGUGGAGGGUUGCGACAAAUUAAGAGAGUUACUGAAUUUGUCUAACCUGAAGCGAUUGGUUACAUUACACAUCAAAUGUGUAAGUUUACAGAACAUUGACGACCUCAAAGGAACAGAAUCCUUGGAAGAAUUGACAGUGGGAGAUUGCCACAAAUUAACAGAGUUACCGGAUUUGUCAAACUUGAAAAGAUUGAGGAGUGUGUGUAUUGUCCGUUGUGUAAAUCUAGUGAAAAUUCAUCGCAUGGAAGGAACAGAAUCCUUGGAAAAGUAG